AUGGCACCACAAAGGCGUUUUAAGGCCAAACACGAUCUUUUAUUGCUGGAUGAGGUGAACACGAUCAGCCCGUAUUUUGCAAGGAACAAAGAACAAGCUUGGAAGACCGUCGCAGAGAACCUGAAUAAAAUCCCCGAUCAGAUGUUUGGUCCUGAUAAUCUGCUCGAUGGCGUUGCGUGUAAAAACCGCGUGGAGAUUUUGGUUAAAGCGUUUCGCAGCGAAGACGUACGGAAUGUUGUUAAAAGUGGAACUGAAGAGCAAUAUGGAGACAUCGAAAAGCUCCUCACCAACAUCAGUGCAGCAGCACUAGACUGGGAAACCCAGCGUAAAUCUCGAGCAGCCCUCAAGAAGCAAGAGCAGGCUAAGCGCGAUACUGAGCUGGAAGAAGCGAACAAGGCUGUCGAAGCUGCGGGAGAAGUCGGCAUAGUUGAGCAAGUUGAAGUGACGGACGAAGAGUUGGUGGCUAUGGGUGCCAUGGAUCCUGCUGAAUUAAAUAACGCUAAUGGGCAACGUGAAGAUGACGACAACGGCAGAAAGAUUCCUACUCGCCUGCAGAAAAGGAAGACCAGCCCUAAACUUAGCGAAGCAGAGACGGUGGUAUCCCUCAUUUCCCAAGAAUCAGCGAAGACGCAGCGCAUCCGUGAAAUGGAGUUGGAGAGUUCCGCGCGCAUCCGCAAGAUGGAAAUUGACAAUGAAAAAGAAAUCGAGGCGCAGAAAGAAAUGAAGGAUAAAGAACUACAGAUGCAAAAACAGUUAAAAGAAAUGGAACUGCAGGUGAAAAAAGAGGUCGAUCUGAAAGCAUUAGAAAAUGAUCGAUUGCGAAUUGCUGCAGAAGAACGUAAAUGGGAAGCUAUGUUAGCUUGCAUGAAGAAAUAG